UUUCCUAAAAGUUUGCGCGCUUAAAGCUGCUCGUUUAAAAUAAGCUACCUUAGAAUCCGCUCUGCCAAUAAUAAUCUUAGUGCGUUUUGCCAAAUUUCGAUACUACAGUGGAAAAAAUGGAAACAAUUUUAUUUAUUAUAAUCGUACUUUUUGGAGAUGUAAUUUCUCAAGCUGCGGAAGAUGAUGGAUUAGUUGGCCUAAACAAAACUAUCACCACUCCAAAAAAGAUGCACGGAGGUUUUUGCGGAUUGAACGCAACAGGAGUGUUUGCUAUAGCAUUUACUCUAAUCUUCAUUGGAACUGCAUUGUACUACGCCCAUUACUGCUACCCCGUAUAUUGUCCAGAUCGCUUUCGCGAAGAGGAUGAUGCCGUCGACCAAGAACUGAUCGAGCGCCAGGUUUUAAAUCACAAUGCCGUUGUCAAUGAAGAACUUGAGAAACUGAAUAUCGCUCCUCAAAUUCAUACCAUUGACCGAAACGAUGAAGAUUUGGAACUUGGAGAACGUUUGGGCUGGUAUCACGUUGUGAUUCAUUUUAUCAAAUCUCAAAUCAAAAAACGUUUGUACAAUAAUUGAUAGAAAUUAUUGCUUUACUUAGUUGUUAGGGUUCCUUUUAAUCAAAAUGUAUACGCUAUAUUUAAGUUAUAUUCCAUAUUGUUACUAAUACCAUAAUAUUUUGUAUUAUAAUAAAUAUUUUGUAUUAUA